AUGCCCUCCUCUCCGUUUCUCACUGACGAAGCACAAUGGAUCUGGGUGCCAGAUUUUGACGAUACCAUCGAUCCUGGUCAAUUUGUUCUAUUUCGAAAGUCAUUUACUCUGGAGAAGCUUCCUACUGAAGAAACAAUCCUUCAUGUCUCUGCAGAUACUCGGUAUCGUUUGUUUUUGAACGGCAAACGAAUCAGUUUUGGGCCUUGCAAAAGUUAUCCAACAAGAUGGUAUUACGAGACCGUGGAUAUCACUCCAUUUCUGCAGCCUGGAAAGAAUGUGUUCAGUGCAAGAGUCUUAAGGUUCUCCGCAACAACUGCGGCCGGCACAUCGAUGGCCAGAACUUCUCUACCAGGACUCAUUCUCUGGUGUCAGAUAGGGGAACAAAAGCUUCAUACCGAUGCAACUUGGAAAGCCGCUAAAGACCAAGAAACAUCACUACUACCAUCUUCAAAAUGGGAUUAUCGAAUGGGCCCUCCUUUUCUAAACCUCAAUGAAGAGGUUCAUGCGGACAAUAAAUUUUUGGGAUGGGAGGAAGUCGAGUUUGAUGAUUCAUGUUGGAAGAACGCUGAGAUAAAGACCUUGAAGAGGAAGAUGUCACCAAUGCUAGAUGCAAGAAAACUCAUGCCCAGGCCCAUCCCUCACCUUCCUGAAAUAUCUCAGCGAUUUGACAAUGCAGUAAAAUGCUCUGAAAAUUCGAGCUUGAGCGACUGGAAAAUGCUACUGCAAAACGAUAGACCUUUGAAGUUAGAGGCUGGCACAGAUACAAUCGUCGAAAUCGAAUCGAAUAGCUUGACUACUGGAUUUCUUGAAUUUAGCUUCGAGAUUGACGGCUAUGCAUCUCUUGCACCCAAGAUUGAAAUUCUCUGUGCUGAAUCCUAUGAGAAUGAUAUGGAUAGUGGUCAGCCAAGGUCAAAAGAGGACCGUACGAAUUUCAAGACUGGAAAAUUGUAUGGACCGAUUGAUGCAUACAUCUGUCAUGCAAACCAGACAAAAUGUUAUUACGAACCUUUCUGGUGGCGCACAUUCCGAUAUAUUCGGAUAUCUGUAGCGUGUCCCCCACAUACCUCACUUACGUUUAACUCCAUCACAUACCGUUCCACUCAUUACCCUUUACCUAUCACUACUACUAUAAGUAGUACCCCUCUUGUGGAAAAGCUCCACUCGACAUCUGUCAAUACUCUCCUCAAUUGUAUGCAUGAAACCCAUGAGGAUUGUCCGUACUAUGAACAAAAUCAAUUUACCAUGGACACUCGCUCUCAACUUCUAUUCUCCUACACAAUUUCUCACUCGGACCUCCUUGCCCGGAAAACAAUUCAUGAGUUCUUUGCAUCUCGUAGAGAUGACGGGCUAUUGGAAACGCACUUUCCAAAUCCUAGCCGCUCCAUGAACAUACCUCAGUUCUCUUUGUACUGGAUAUUUAUGAUUCAUGAUCAUUCAUCACACUUCCAAGAUAUCACAUUCAUCAAAAAGUAUUUGGGCACUAUUGAUGGAAUUUUGGAUCAUUUCAGUGAUCGUGUUAAUGAGCUCGGCCUUGUGGGACAAUUUCUCGAAGAAGGUACGUGGGCCUUCGUUGAUUGGGUGAAAGAGUGGUUUAUUCCAGGACGAGGAUUUUCUAGUCUAGGAGUUCCCAAAGCAUACUUUGACAAAGGAGCUGCAACUAUCAACAGCUUAGUUUAUGCAAUGGCUUUGAGGUCUGCUGCAGUCUUGUCCGAAGCCGUUGGCAGGAAGGACACUGCAAGUGAAUACCUUGAUAGAGCUAGUGCUAUCAUUCAGUCUGUCAAUAAAAAUUGCUAUGAUAGCAACAAGAGUCUGUAUCUCGAUGGGCCUGGCGCUAUUGGAGAGAGUUCACAACAUGUCCAGAUUUUCGCAGUACUUGCCGAUGCAAUUAGUGGAGAGUCAGCCAAAGAUCUAAUGAGAAAGACUAUUCACGAAAGAGAAGCAUUGGGGCUUGCAAAGGUAUCAUUCGCAAUGUCCUUCUAUAUGUUCCGAGCUGUUGCUAAAGCUGGAAUUUAUGAAGAAGUUUGGGAGGAGUUACUAGGCCCAUGGAAGAAGAUGCUUGACCAGAAUUUGACCACUUGGGCAGAGAGUGAAAGCAUGGUUAGAAGUGAUUGCCACGGAUGGAGUGCAACUCCAAUGUAUGAGAUUGUGAGGGAAAUUGUUGGCAUUCAAUAUCCAACCACAGAAGAUAGCGAAGGAUGUCUAACAACGGUCAUUAAACCUAGAUAUGAUUUAGUAAAGCAUAUGAAAGGGACAUUUGUGGUUACGGGAGGUGGAAGUGUAGAUGUUUCCUGGGACGACUCUGGAGUGGUUAAGGUUCUCAGCUCUAGUGACAUGCGGGUUCAAAUGGUACUAAAGGGAGUAACUCACGAUACUAAACUUUUAGAAGGCGUGGAGCAAUCUUUUAAACUAUAA